CCGUCCAGCGGCGCGAGGAACACCGCACACGAGGAUCAGGAGAAGAAGGAGCCAUCGGCGCCUCCAUUUCGGCUGCCUUUCCCGCUCUCGCAAAACCGUUCGUUGAUAUACCCCACCCCGCUCCCUAACCCGGAAGCAGUACUAAGCCGAGUCGCAUUGAAAAUAGUACCGAGUCGAUGGUGCGAUCUCUGAAAAUAGGUCCUGGUGGAAAAGGAAGUUACUUCGGCGGCAGUUCCGCGUUUGAGGAUGGGGAUGGUAGAUUGUCACUGCCAUCUCGCGGCGCCCGAGUUCCAAGGGGUGAGUGGGCGACGCUGAGAGGGAAGGAGAUCCGGCUUCCACACUGGACAUUGAAGGUGUGUUGGAAGAUGCAAAAAAAGUCUAACGUCUUGGCUCUGGUGGUAGUUGCUGAACACUCAGGAGACUUUGAAAAAAUUAUUCAACUUUCAGAAAGCUACCCAGGAUUUGUCUUUUCAUGUCUGGGGAUCCAUCCAGUUCAAAGUAUUCCAAUGGGACAUGAGCGCAGCGUUACUUUAAAGGAUCUGGAUGAAGCAUUGCCACUCAUAGAACUCUAUAAGGACCGUUUGUUGGCAAUUGGAGAAGUUGGUCUGGAUUUCACUCCCAGAUUUGCCAGCACUGAUGAGCAGAAAGAAGGGCAAAGACAAGUCUUGAUCAAACAGAUUCAGCUGGCCAAACAACUUGAUUUGCCUCUAAAUGUUCACUCCCGCUCAGCUGGAAGGCCAACCAUUAACCUCUUAAAGGAACAAGGUGCUGAAAGGGUGCUGCUCCAUGCGUUUGAUGGCAAGCCAUCAGUGGCAAUGGAAGGGGUGAAUGCUGGGUAUUUUUUCUCCAUCCCUCCAUCUAUUGUAAGGAGUGAACAGAAGCAGAAACUUGUGAAACAGCUGCCUCUAGAAAACAUUUGCUUAGAAACUGACUCUCCUGCGCUAGGUCCUGAGAAACAGAUGAGAAAUGAACCAAAGAAUAUCUUCAUUGCUGCAGAAUACACUUCUAAAAUAAAGGGAAUUUCAGUGGAAGAAGUUAUAGAAAUUACAACCAAGAAUGCACUGAGACUCUUCCCCAAACUGAAAAACUUUCUCUGGAAGUAGCUAAAGUUCUACUGUGCCUUCAUCUCAAGCAGAAAAUAUUCCUGUUAGCUGGCUCUGAUAUAGUUAUGAAUAGAACUUCACAUUCUACAUUAAUUAUUUUGAAGUUACAAUGAUUCUGUGUUGGUUGUUCCAUCACAUGUAUAAAUUAAGCCAAAUACAGAAUGAUGCUGUGUACAAACUCUCCUGUAAUUUGACAUUGGCUUUUUCCUAAAUAAAAGGUCUAUAACCGUUA